AACUCCAUGCACUUAUCACUCUAUAGCAAUAAUUUAGCACAUUACUUACAUUUUGAGUGAGCUUGUGAUCAAAUGGCAUCUUCAAAAAAUUUGCUCUUUCUUUUUGGUGUUCUCUUUGCACUUGUGCUCCUCAUUUCCUUUGAUGCAACAGCUGCAGAUCAGAAGAGCGUGAAAUCCACUGGCGUCCACGAUGCCAGUUCAGGUGAGGUUCAUCAGGAUAGCAUAAGCGAAGAUCGUUGCAGACAUCGUUGCUGCCGCUGGCACCAUGGACGCUGCCAAAGAUGCUGUCGAACUGCUGAGGAGACCCCUGAAGCUACAUCUGGAGAUGAGGAUACCGUAACCGCAGAUCGUUGCAGACAUCGUUGCUGCCGCUGGCACCUCCAUGGACGCUGCCAAAAAUGCUGUCGAACUGCUGAGGAGACCCCUGAAGCUACAUCCGUAGACCCCUGAAGCUACAUUCCGUAGAUGAGGUCGAAAAUUAAUGCUAAAUAAAUAAGGGUGUGACACAGGAUCCGUGACACCUAUAUUAUUACCUUAGUAUGCUAUGGUUGAUUUCCUAUAUGUGUAAAAGACUUGUGCGGCUUCUCUUUGAAUUGGUGUAGAAUCAACAGGGGAAGCAUGCAAUGAGUACUCAGUUCGAGUGCUCUUCUUGUGUUGUUGUCAUGUUGAAUAAAUAAAUCUACGUGAUCAUCUACUACAAUUGAUGAUCUCUAUCUCAGUUACAUCAGAAA